AUGUCGUCGACUAUCAACACUAUCACUACUCCCACCACCACUAAGAACACCUCAUGGGCCGAAGCCAUCCCUGCCGCUCAGGGCUUGUACAAUCCCGAAUACGAAAAGGACGCAUGCGGUGUCGGCUUCAUGGUUCACGUCAAGGGCCACCGAUCCCACAAGAUCGUGACCGACACCAGCAACAUUCUCUGCAACAUGACACAUCGAGGCGCCAGCGGUGCCGAUAUCCGCGACGGUGACGGUGCUGGUGUCAUGACCGGCAUUCCCCAUCAGUUCUUCGUCAAUGAAACGACACGCGAGCUGGGUAUCCAGCUUCCCGUCGAAGGCCAAUAUGCCGUCGGUAACCUGUUCAUGAAGGGCGACCCUGAGACCGUCAGCGAAUCCAAGCGCGUGUUUGAAGAAAUGGCCACUGCUUUGCACUUGAAGGUACUGGGCUGGCGUUCUGUCCCUCGAGACUCGACCAUUUUGGGCCCGGCGGCCAAGAGCAAGGAACCCGCCAUUGAGCAGCCUUUCGUCGUGCUGGCUCAAGACGAAUUUGAUGAGCGCUACUUUGAGCGUCAGCUCUAUGUCUUGCGCAAGCAUGCUACCCAUACCCUCACCAUGGCCAAGUGGUUCUAUGUCUGCUCCUUGUCGAACAAGAACAUUGUCUACAAGGGUCAGUUGACGCCUCGUCAGGUUUACCAGUACUUCCAUGAUUUGAACAAUGUCCAAUACACCACCCACUUUGCUCUUGUUCACUCGCGUUUCUCGACAAACACUUUCCCCUCCUGGGAUCGUGCUCAGCCUAUGCGUUGGUGCGCUCACAAUGGUGAAAUCAAUACCCUUCGUGGCAACAAGAACUGGAUGCGCUCGCGUGAAGGUGUCAUGCAGUCGGACAAGUUUGGAGAUGAGCUUGAAUUGCUCUACCCUAUCAUUGAAGAAGGUGGCUCCGACUCUGCUGCGUUCGAUAACGUGCUCGAGCUGUUGGUCAUCAACGGCAUCCUCACCAUGCCCGAGGCUGUCAUGAUGAUGAUUCCCGAAGCCUGGCAAAACAACGACCAGAUGGCCCCGGAAAUGAAGGCCUUCUACCAAUGGGCUGCCUCCUUGAUGGAACCCUGGGACGGUCCUGCUCUGUUCACCUUUUCCGACGGUCGCUACUGUGGUGCUUCCUUGGAUCGUAACGGCUUGCGUCCUUGCCGUUACUACCUCACCAACGAUGACAUUAUGAUCUGUGCUUCCGAAGUCGGCACCGUCUUUGUCGAUCAGGACACCGUCAUCCAAAAAGGCCGCUUGCAACCUGGCCGUAUGCUUUUGGUCGAUACCGUCGAGGGUGUCAUUGUCGAUGACAAGCAGCUCAAGCUCCAGACCGCUGCCAAGCAGAACUUUUCCGAGUGGAUCAAGAAUCAGCGCAUCACUUUGCCCGAUCUCGUCGAAAAGACCAACGGCGUCAAGCCUUUCGAGGCCCAACUCGAUGAAUCUACCGUUCAGGCUGAUCCCCGCUUGAAGGCCUUUGGUUAUACCUUGGAACAGCUCAACUUGAUCAUGGUCCCCAUGGCCUCUACUGGCAAGGAAGCCCUCGGCUCCAUGGGUAACGACGCUGCCCUUGCUUGCUUGGCUGAACAGCCUCGUCUCAUCUACGAGUACUUCCGUGAGCUUUUCGCUCAGGUUACUAACCCUCCUAUUGAUCCUAUUCGUGAGGAAAUCGUAAUGUCGCUCGAGUGCUCUGUUGGUCCAGAGGGCAACAUUCUGGAAAUCAACGAGUCGCAAGCUCACCGCUUGAACUUAAAGUCGCCUAUCCUCACCAUGGAAGAAUUGAACGCAGUCAAGUCCAUGUCCCAAUUCUACCCCGACUGGAAGGUCGCCACCGUUGAUAUCACCUUUGCCAAGUCCGAUGGUGUCCAGGGCUAUGUCGACGCUUUGGAGCGUGUGUGCGCCGAAGUCUCUUCCGUCAUUGAGCAAGGUUACAAGGGUGUUGUCUUGUCCGAUCGCGCCGUCAAUGCCGACCGUGUUGCCAUUUCGUCCUUGAUUGCCGCCGGUGGUGUCCACCACCACUUGGUCCGCAACAAGCAGCGUAGCCGUAUCGCCCUCAUGGUUGAAACCGCCGAAGCCCGUGAAGUCCAUCAUUUCUGUGUCUUGGUCGGCUAUGGUGUCGACGCCAUCUGCCCUUACUUGACUAUGGAAACCAUGAUGAAGUUGCACCGCGAGAACGCUGUUCACCAAGACUUGACCCCCACCAAGUUGAUCAACAACUUCAAGAAGGGUAUCGACAACGGUAUCCACAAGGUCAUGUCCAAGAUGGGUAUCUCCACCUUGGCCUCGUACAAGGGUGCCCAGAUCUUUGAAGCCUUGGGUAUUGACGACUCUGUCAUUUCCCGCUGCUUUGCCGGUACUGCUUCCCGUAUCAAGGGUGCUACCUUUGACAUCUUUGCUCUCGAUGCUCUGACCUUGCACGAAGCUGGUUUCCCUACCCGCAACGUCGUCCAACCCGUCUCGUUGCCUGAAUCGGGUGAAUACCACUGGCGCCAUGGCGGUGAGCCCCACGUUACUGACCCCAUGGGUGUUGCUCACUUGCAAGACGCUGUCCGCGAAAAGAACCAGAACUCGUAUGAUGCUUACACGCGCAAUGCUUACGAGGCCAUCAAGAAGUGUACUCUCCGUGGUAUGCUCGAGUUCAACUUUGACGACGCCAAGCCUAUCCCUAUCGAAGAGGUCGAGGAUUGGACCAACAUUGUCAAGCGCUUCGUCACUGGUGCCAUGUCCUACGGUUCCAUCUCCAUGGAGGCUCACUCUUCCUUGGCUAUUGCCAUGAACCGCUUGGGCGGUAAAUCCAAUACGGGUGAAGGUGGUGAAAAGCCCGAGCGUUCGUUGCCCAUGGAAAAUGGUGAUACCAUGCGCUCUGCCAUCAAGCAGGUUGCCUCUGGUCGCUUCGGUGUGACCUCGUUCUACUUGUCCGACUCGAACGAAUUGCAGAUCAAGAUGGCUCAGGGUGCCAAGCCUGGUGAAGGUGGUGAAUUGGCUGGUGGCAAGGUUUCUGAGGAAAUUGCUAGCACUCGUAAGACUACUCCUGGUAUCGGUCUUAUCUCGCCUCCUCCUCACCACGAUAUUUACUCCAUUGAAGAUUUGAAGCAGCUUAUCUAUGACUUGAAGUGCUCCAACCCCCGCGCUCGUGUCUCCGUCAAGCUUGUCUCCGAAGUCGGUGUUGGUAUUGUAGCUUCUGGUGUCGCCAAGGCUCGUGCUGAUCACAUCUUGAUCUCUGGUCACGACGGUGGUACUGGUGCUUCGCGUUGGACCGGUAUCAAGUACGCCGGUUUGCCUUGGGAAUUGGGUCUUGCCGAAACCCAUCAGACUUUGGUCUUGAACGACUUGCGUGGUCGUGUCAUCGUCCAGACCGACGGUCAGAUCAAGACCGGUCGCGAUGCUGUUGUUGCCUGUUUGCUCGGUGCCGAAGAGUGGGGUUUCGCUACCACCCCAUUGAUUGCUCUUGGUUGUACCAUGAUGCGCAAGUGCCACUUGAACACUUGCCCUGUCGGUAUUGCUACCCAAGACCCUGAAUUGCGCGCCAAGUUCCAGGGUAAGCCUGAACACGUUGUCAACUUCUUCUUCUACCUUGCCGAAGAAAUGCGUUCCAUCAUGGCCAAGCUUGGUUUCCGCACCAUCAACGAGAUGGUCGGUCACGCCGAGUUCUUGCGCGUCAACGAGUCGCUCCGCACCUUCAAGACUGCCAACCUUGACUUGAGCCCCAUCCUCACCCCCGCUGCUUCGCUCCGUCCUGGCGUUGCCAACGUGUGUGUUACCAAGCAACGCCACAACUUGCACACCCGUCUCGAUAACUAUUUCAUCGAUGAGGCCGAAGCUGCCUUGGCCAACAAGGAGAAGGUCUAUAUUGAAAGCGAUGUCGUCAACACCGACCGUGCUCUUGGUACCACCUUGUCUUACAACGUUUCCAAGCGUCACGGCGAAGCUGGUUUGCCUAAUGAAACCAUCCACAUCAAGUUGAAGGGCUCUGCCGGUCAGUCUCUCGGUGCCUUCCUUGCCCCUGGUGUCUUUUUCGAAUUGGAAGGUGAUGCCAACGAUUAUGUCGGCAAGGGCUUGUCUGGUGGUAAGGUCGCCAUCUACCCUCCCAAGACUGCCUUGUUCAAGUCUGAAGAGAACGUCAUUGUCGGUAACGUCUGUUUGUACGGUGCCACUUUUGGUCGCGCUUACUUCCGUGGUAUGGCUGCUGAACGUUUCUGUGUCCGUAACUCGGGUGCUAUUGCCAUCUGUGAAGGUGUCGGUGACCACGGUUGUGAGUACAUGACCGGUGGUCGUGUUGUCAUUCUCGGCAGCACCGGUCGCAACUUUGCUGCUGGUAUGUCUGGUGGUAUUGCCUAUGUCUUGGAUAUGGAGGGCAACUUCAAGCAGAAUGUCAACAUGGAAAUGGUCGAGUUGGAGACUGUCAACGAUCCCGAGCGUGUUGCCGAGUUGCGUGAUUUGAUCGAGGAUCAUCGCCACUACACUGGUUCCGAAAUUGCCGACCGUGUCCUCAAGAACUUCAACCAAUACUUGCCCAAGUUCGUCAUGGUCAUGCCUGUCGAGUAUCGCGCUUUGCUCAUGAAGGCCCGUGCUGAAAAGGAAGCUGCUGCCGCCGCCGCUACCAAGGAAGAGCCCAAGAAGUGCGAUCACAAGCCUGUUGAAGCCGCGCCUGAGCCCGUUGUCGAUGAUGUCGAAGACAGCUUGAUGGAUGAGGCUACCGUCCUUGAACGCCGUGCCAAGCUCGACAAGAUCCGCGGUUUCAUGAAGUACAAGCGUCGUGGUGAACACUACCGUAACGCCAAGAAGCGUGCUGGUGACUGGGAGGAGAUCAACAACCGUUUGACCCGCCCUGAGCUCCACGAACAAGCCGCUCGUUGUAUGGACUGUGGUAUUCCCUUCUGUCAGUCGGACACUGGCUGUCCUAUCGGUAACGUCAUUCCAAAGUGGAACGAGCUUGUCUACAAGGAUAACUGGAAGCAGGCUUUGGAUCGCUUGAUCAUGACCAACAACUUCCCUGAAUUCACUGGUCGCGUCUGCCCAGCUCCAUGUGAGGGUUCGUGUACUCUGGGAAUUUCUGAGCCACCUGUUGCUAUCAAGUCCAUCGAGUGCGCAAUCAUUGACAAGGGUUUCGAAGAAGGAUGGAUCGCUCCUCAACCUCCCAAGCAGCGCUCAGGCAAGAAGAUCGCCGUUAUCGGUUCAGGCCCUGCUGGUCUCGCCGCCGCCGAUCAGUUGAACAAGGCCGGUCACUUGGUCACUGUCUACGACCGUAAUGACCGUAUUGGUGGUCUUUUGAUGUAUGGUAUCCCCAACAUGAAGCUCGACAAGAAGAUCGUCCAACGCCGUGUCGAUUUGCUCGCUGCCGAAGGUGUUACCUUUGUUCCCAACGCUCACGUCGGUGUUGACGUUGAUGCCAACACUCUGCGCAACGAGAACGAUGCCCUUAUUGUCGCCACUGGCGCCACCUGGCCCCGUGAUUUGAAGAUCCCUGGUCGCGAAGCCAACGGCAUUCACUUUGCCAUGGAGUUCUUGCAAGCCAACACCAAGUCUCUUUUGGACUCCAACUUGCAGGACGGCCACUAUCUCUCUGCCAAGGACAAGCACGUUGUUGUUAUUGGUGGUGGUGACACUGGUAACGAUUGUAUUGGUACUUCGCUCCGUCACGGCUGCAAGUCGGUCGUCAACUUUGAAUUGUUGCCUACUCCUCCUGUCAGCCGUGGCAACGACAACCCAUGGCCUCAAUUCCCUCGUGUAUUCAAGGUCGACUAUGGUCACUCAGAAGUCCAGGCCCACUUUGGCAAGGACCCUCGUGAAUACUGUGUCUUGUCCAAGGAGUUCACCAAGGAUGCUGAUGGCAACGUGAACGGUAUCAACACUGUCCGCGUCGAAUGGACCAAGGAUGCCUCCGGCCGCUGGCAGAUGAAGGAAGUCGAGGGCUCCGAGCAGUUCUUCCAGGCUGACCUUAUCUUGCUUUCCAUGGGUUUCUUGGGUCCUGAAGAAGCCGUCGUCAAGCAGCUCUCCUUGAAGCAGGAUGGUCGCAGCAACGUCGAGACUUCCAAGGGCAAGUAUGUCACCUCGGCUCCUGGUGUCUUUGCUGCUGGUGAUUGCCGUCGUGGUCAGUCCCUCAUCGUCUGGGGUAUCAACGAAGGUCGCCAGUGCGCUCGUGAAGUCGAUCUCUUCUUGGAAGGCAGCACUUACUUGCCUGUUGCUGGUGGUAUCAACCGCCGUGCCGUUGUCAACCGACAGGCCAUUGAAGCUUCCGCCUAA